GUCCAGAUAUCAUCCCAAGGGCUCUUUGCAGGCCACCAGGGCAGGUCAACGACUUCACCCAUUUUUCUAUUGUAUUGAAUGAGGACUAGGCGGGGGCUGGUUCAUCUAAUACUAAUCUGCAACUUUAACCUCUUCUAAACCCUCACUACACGACCAUCCGCACUCUUUCUACUUACGCACCUUCAAAUGGGUCUUUUGAGCCUUGAGCCCUUAUGAAGACGCCCCGGGGCUCUGGCGCAGUCCGUCAUCUAUCGCUCAACUACCUGGUGUAGUCAGGGCAAUAAUCGAGGAUGUCGUCCACCAUGGACUCCUCCCAAAAGAUUGAUGCCUAUGCCGCUAGGCUCACAGAUCCAAAGACUGACACGCGGACGAAGGCAAAUGUAGCCACCGAUCUACGUGACUCGAUCGAGAACCUAUGUUCACCGUCAGCGACAUACUCCAAGUUCCUGGCAAAACUAUGGCCGGUCUUCAAGAAGAUCUUGGAAGGCAAACCAGAUUUUAGUCCCGCUUCCUUCGAGCAUGUACUCCGAAAUCAGAUACUUGAGAUCCUCCACAGAUUACAGCAUGCACCGCCCGAGCUCGAACCUUAUGCGCUAGACAUGGUAGAGACAUUGAUGGAGCUGGUGCGGGUGGAAAAUGAGGACAAUGCGGUGCUCUGUUUGAAGACCAUCAUGGAUCUGGAGCGACAUCAGCCAACGGCUACAGCGUCUAAGGUUCAGCCCUUCCUGGAUCUCAUUCAAGAGAUGUUCGAGAUGAUGGAGCAGGUAGUCCGCGACACUUUUGACUCGCCUACGCCUCAUUCCCAAGGGUCUUCAUCAACGCCCAAUCCACCCGGUCAGAAUCUGCAGUCCCCUAGGCCUGGAUCACCAGCGACGACCGUGUCGGACCCUGGAAACGAGAAAAAGGAUCACCACCCUCUGGCCAAGGGCAUGCAGUCAUUCAAAGUCUUGUCGGAAUGUCCCAUAAUCGUGGUGUCAAUCUUCCAAGCGCAUCGAAGUUCGGUCGCGGCCAAUGUUAAGAAGUUUGUGCCGUCCAUAAAAGGGAUACUCUUAUUGCAGGCGAAGGCACAAGAAAAGGCACACGCUGACGCGGCCGCGAACAAAACAAUCUUCACUGGGGUCAGCAAAGAGAUCAAGAACCGCGCGGCUUUUGGAGACUUCAUUACUGCGCAGGUCAAAACCAUGAGUUUUCUGGCAUAUCUACUCAGAGUGUAUGCAAACCAGCUGACGGAUUUUCUGCCCACUCUUCCGAGCGUAGUGGUCCGGCUGCUCAAGGACUGUCCGCGCGAGAAAUCGGGUGCACGGAAGGAAUUACUGGUCGCUAUCCGUCACAUCAUCAACUUCAACUAUCGGAAAAUCUUCCUGAACAAGAUCGAUGAGUUGCUGGAUGAACGUAUCCUGAUUGGGGAUGGCCUCACUGUGUACGAGACGAUGCGGCCUCUGGCAUAUAGCAUGCUUGCAGAUCUGAUCCAUCAUGUUCGGGAUUCAUUGGAUCGGAAUCAGAUUCGACGCACCAUCGAAGUCUACACGAAGAAUCUUCAUGACAAUUUCCCCGGUACGAGUUUCCAGACGAUGAGCGCCAAGUUGCUCCUCAAUAUGGCGGAGAGCAUCACCAAGUUAGAGGACAAGGAAGAUGCGAGGUACUUUUUGAUCAUGAUCCUCGACGCGAUCGGGGACAAGUUUGCCGCGAUGAACUAUCAGUACAGCAACGCCGUCAAAUUGAGCAAGCAAUACGGCGACAAGUCCACGGAAUCCCAGGCGGAGGCUUACAUGGACGACAAGGACGAAAUUCCCGAUUGGGACGAAGUCGACAUCUUCUACGCGACACCUAUCAAGACCUCGAAUCCGCGCGAGCGGGGGGCAGAUCCUGUCAACGACAACAAGUUCUUGUUCAAAAACCUUGUCAACGGUCUUAAGAACAUGUUUUAUCAGCUCAAAACUUGUAAUCCAUCUGGUCUCAACGUCGACCAGGCGAGCAUACCCAUGAACUGGGCCGAAGUCUCCUUCGGCUAUAACGCGGAAGAAACACGCGUGGUCACCAAGCUUUUCCACGAAGGCGCUCGAGUCUUUCGCUACUACAGUGCCGAAACUCCAACGCCUGACCCACCCUAUUCUUCUCCUGUCGAUUUCAUGGCAAGUCAUUCUAUGGCACAGAUGACUCGUGAGGAGAAAGAGUUGCUGGAGAGCUUUGGGACUGUGUUCCACUGCAUUGACCCUGCCACGUUCCAUGAAGUGUUUCAAGCCGAGAUCCCCUAUCUGCACGAAUUGAUGUUCGAACAUACGGCGCUACUCCAUCUACCCCAGUUUUUCCUCGCCAGCGAAGCAACGUCGCCUGCAUUUGCCGGUAUGGUUCUCCACUACUUGAUGAACAAGCUACCAGAAGUUGGAUCCUCCGACAUUGUACGUUCGUCCAUAUUACUGAGGAUGUUCAAGCUGUCGUUCAUGGCAGUCACGCUCUUCUCUGCACAUAACGAGCAAGUCUUGCUGCCUCACAUCACCAAAAUCAUAACGCAGUGUGUACAACUGUCUGUGACCGCCGAAAAGCCGAUACAUUACUUUAUUCUGCUCCGCUCGCUCUUCAGGAGUAUCGGUGGUGGUCGCUUUGAAUUGCUCUACAAGGAGAUUCUUCCCCUACUGGAAAUGCUGCUGGAAACGUUCAACCAUCUCCUGCAGGGUGCAAGAGACCCUCAUGACAGAGACCUCUACGUGGAGCUGACGUUGACCGUCCCAGCUCGGCUAAGUCACUUGCUUCCGCACCUGAGCCACUUGAUGAGGCCCCUAGUGGUAGCUCUUCGCGCAGGACCCGAUCUUGUCGGCCAGGGACUGCGAACUCUCGAGCUCUGCGUUGAUAAUCUUACUGCAGACUACCUCGACCCCAUAAUGGCGCCUAUCAUGGAUGAAUUGAUGAGCGCGUUGUUCGAGCAUCUCAAGCCGCAACCCUAUCAGCACUUCCAUUCUCAUACCACAAUGAGAAUACUUGGAAAACUCGGUGGGCGGAACCGAAAGUUCUUGAAUCAUCCUCAUGAGCUGGCGUUCCGGCGAUACACUGACGACGAGCCCAGUUUUGAUAUCAGACUUGUCGAAACCAGCCGCGAUCGAGCUUUCCCCCUGGAUACUGGUGUUGAGCUGGCAAUCCGAAGACUGACGGAGGCCGCCAAGAACCCGUCUACAAAAUCUCAGGACUUGUAUUACAAACAGCAAUCGUUCAAGUUGAUCAGCAAUCAAGUGAAGCUGCUCAUUGGUCAUAGCCACCUUCCUGAUGACUUCGCAGUGCUCCUUCGGCUCCAGGCGAACGACCUGCUCGCACGACGCUUUGCUACCUAUGCCAACAUGUUAGAGGACAAUGAACUGGGCAAGUCAGUGCACAAGCGUCGAGAUCAGGAAGAGACUCUGAAGAAGCUGCUCAAGGCCUGUUUUACCGCCACCACGAUACCAGAUCUAAAAUCUCAAGCUGAUGCCUUUAUUAUCAAUGUGUCCUGCCACUUUACAAUAGUGGAGCUGGGUCAAUCUUUGUGUGAUGCCGGCCGAAAGACGAAAGAGUUUGAAGUCAACCAAGGCGAAGGUACUGUGAAUCUGAGCACUAGGAUACUGGCCGAUGUCAUCUCCCAUUGUCUCUCCUCGGAUAAUAUUGUCAUUCGGGAAGCUGCAGAGGCCUCUCUUGUUGCCGUUGUCGACACUGCUCGCACUAUCUUCGGUAAUGAUGAGAAAGCUGCCCGGCUGCCAUUCUUCUCUCACCUGAUCUCCGUAUUUUGUCACCGCUGCCGUGAAGUGGAAUGGUUCACCAAAGCGGGUGCCACUUUCGGUAUUCAACUCAUGAUCACAAAAUUGGUGUCGGGCAAUACCUUUCUGCACAGCAAGCAGCUCGAGAUCAUCAAGGCACUGUUGUUUGUCAUCAAAGACACGCCACAGGAAUUUCCGGCAAGUACACGAAUCACGGCGCAAGAAACUCUCGAGUUCAUUCUGCGUAAGGUCUGCGCUGGGCAGACUCGAGAAAUGCUUGUGAACGAGAAAAGCACCAUUCAUGCUCUGUCUGUGACGUUUAGUGCCGAGCUCUCACACAUGAAUAAACAUGCUCGCGAAACUGCGCAACGAGCAUUUGCGACCAUGGCAGAAGUGGUGGGCGUGGAGGUGCACGAACUGAUUGCUCCUGUCAAGGAGAGACUUCUGCAACCUAUCUUCAACAAGCCCUUGAGAGCGCUGCCCUUCUUGUCACAAACCGGAUUCAUCGAUGCCAUAACCUAUUGUUUGGGGCUUGGGCACGAUUUUGUCCCUUUGAAUGACCAACUGAAUCGCUUAAUGAUGGAAUCUCUGGCGCUUGCGGAUGCUGAUGCUGAGAUUUUGCAUCCUAAGCCGGAUGAGUACAACAAUGCUCAACUCAUAGUUAAUUUGCGUGUCUCCUGCCUCAGACUCUUGUCGCUGGCUAUGAGCCUGCCUGACUUUGCGACUGGGCCGCAGAACACGAGCCGGGCUCGGAUCAUCACCGUCUUCUUCAAGCUUCUGUACUCCAAGUCUCCUGAAAUUAUCGAGGCCGCCAACGCAGGUUUGGAGAAAGUCCUCGUGCAGACUGCGAAGCUGCCCAAAGAUCUCCUACAGAAUGGCCUGAGACCGAUCUUGAUGAAUCUGCAGGACUCGAAGCGACUGACCGUCGCUGGUCUAGAAGGCCUUGCUCGAUUGUUGACAUUGUUGACCAACUAUUUUAAAGUCGAGAUAGGGGCCCGGCUCCUUGAGCAUAUGAAGGUCAUCGCAGACGAGCAGCUUCUUCAGAAGGUAUCGUUUGGGCUUAUUGAACAGAACCCACAGAUGAAGAUUGUGACCGCGAUAUUCAAUAUUUUCCAUCUCCUUCCCUCGGCAGCGACAAGCUUCAUGGCGGAUCUCGUGGACAGUGUCCUUGACCUCGAGUCGAAGUUGCGCCGGACAGUUGCCAGUCCGUUCCGCCACCCGUUGAUCCUUUACCUGGACAAAUAUCCGCAAGACUCAUGGACCUUUUUCCAGUCACGCCUGCAAGAGGAGAAGUAUGGAAGGUUCUUUGGACAGAUCUUGGCUUCUGAUUCCAGUUCAAAUCUACGCAAGGUUGUCAUGAAUGACGCCGAAACGCUGAGCAAGGCCGCUUUCGAGGUUGACGAGGAUCAGGACAAGAACACGGCAGCCAUCAAUGGCAUUUUCAUUGUCCAUUCAAUAUGCUUGUUCGACACCGCUAAAGACUGGCUACGCGGGCAGACUCAGCUGCGAGCCAAGGUCCUGUCAGCUGGCCAAGAGCUUGAGGGGCAGUUGCGAAGAGAUACUUUACAACCUUCGCAGCGACUACGGGUCGAACAAACAGGUGAUCAGGUGAUGGAUAUUGUGACCCUGUAUCUGGAGUCGGCGCCAGAAGAUCUCGACUUCAUGAUGGAAGUCUUCUCGGCUUCGGCCCAAGGAAACAUCAAGACACCGCUGACAUUGACCAAAUAUCUCUUCAAUUGUAUCAUCACAGACAAUUCGACACAGCAACGGUUCAACAUCAUUGAGAGGUGUCUAGACGUCUACGCCCAGAGAGCCGGAUCUCAGAAAGUCAAGACUUUCCUUCUCCACAAUGUGGUCAAUCCGAUCAUGGCGAGAGAUGUGCAGAAUUCGCGACGCGAGGACAACAAGGCCGGCCCCUUGGGGGACCAGAAAUUGUUCAACAUGUUUCUGGAGCGCUUGUGGAAACCUGCUGCAUCUGAAGCGCCCGACGACUCGUCGCAACCAGGCAUCGAUCACUCUCGGAUGGAGGCACUGCAGCUUUCGGCGUUCAUAUUGAAGUAUCACAAGGACGAAGUUUCUGAAGAUCGUAAGGACAUCAUUAAGUACUCGUGGGGACACAUCAAGCUGGAAGAUGUUAUCAACAAGUAUGCGGCUUAUGUUCUCAUCUGCUACUUCAUUCGGUCGUACGACACUCCACCAAAGAUCGCUGUGCAGAUCUACAAUCAACUACUGAAAGCUCACCAGAAUGAAGGUAAAGCUCUGGUCACUCAAGCAUUGGAAGUUUUAGCCCCGGUGUUGCCUGUCAGAAUGGGAGCCAACCUCCCUGGUGACAAGCGAUCUCCACAUUGGGCUCGCUUACCACGCAAGAUCCUUAAUGAGGAGACCGGCAACUUGCAACAAGUUCAGAGCAUUUUCAACUUCAUUGUUCGCCAACCUGACCUCUUCUAUGAGUCCCGGGAAUACUUCAUUCCAACCAUCAUACAGAUGCUCCACAAAAUCGCUCCGCCACCGAAUCCGUCAAACGAGAACAAGAAACUCGCAUUGGCUUUGGUUGCCUUGAUCCAACAGUGGGAGACGCGUCGGGUUUCUGCAGUGUCUCCUUCGCAGUCUGCCGCCGAGCUUACCCCUUUGCUCAAACGAGACUCGUCUGGCACUCCUACUCUGGCACCACCAUCGACCAAGGAAAAGUCCGAGUACUUGAUCCCAGUGGAACUACGUACUCUUGUGGUCAAAUACAUGAUCACUCUCAUCACCUCUUUGCCGGAGCGGUACCCGGUGCCCGCGGCAGAGCUGAAAGCCAAGACGAUGCAGAAAGCUCAACAGCAGUCCCUAUCAAAUGAUAUGUGCAAGAAGGCUGUGCAGCUUCUCCGUGAGCUGCUGGCUCCAAAUCUUUGGGCUGACGUCGAUGUCGGCCUCUACGAGAAGUUACUCGAUCCAAUCCUUAGCGGUGACAAGGCGGACAAGGCAGAUGAGAAACAAUUGACGUGUAUGAUCAAUGCCUUGCAGGUUAUGCGCAUCUUACUGGGCACCAAAUCGGAUGAGUGGAUAAUCAACCACAUGGAAAAUAUCCAAAAGUUGCUCGAGAAGCCCCUGAAGAUGGACGACCCAGAGAUCCAGGAUUGUUUGCACUUUGUCACUGACGACAGCAAGACCUUACCGCUUGUGCGUCGUGUGCUUGAGGCUAUCCCUAAGCAAAGAAACGAAGACGAGGACGCGAUGGAAUUGGAUUCGAUUCCGUCAGACUUCCCGACUCGUUACUCAAAGGUUCUUAUUGGCGAAGGCCUAUCGUCAGGCAACUAUACAUCCGCGAUCAACAACUUGUGGACAUUAUCUAUCGUGCGACCUACUGAGGUUGACGAUCAUAUCAACGGAGCGAUGAAGGCCUUGCAACAGAAGCUGGCGAAAGACCACAUCAAUGCCUACGUCAUUCCACCAGGACCUCCUCCACAGGGCUGGCGUUUGGGCGAGCCACUUAUGGACUCCUACGAGUUUGCCCUUGGCGUGGAUCUUAUCAAGAAAACAAUUGAUAUCCUCUCUUCACGCAUGGGCGAGCUCAAUGAACAGCGCCGACCAUUCUUGAGCGUGCUUGCUUCACUCGUUGAGAAGUCCUUCAACGUUGAAAUGUGCAGCAAGGUUCUAGAUAUGGUUGAGAAAUGGGUUUUCAACUCGACUGAGCCCUGGCCGACUCUUAAAGAGAAGACGGCCGUGCUCCACAAGAUGCUCAUCUUUGAGAAGUGGCCGAAUCAAGCGCUUCUCGAGAGGUUCCUGGAAUUGGUAAUCAAAAUCUACGAGGACCCGACGGUGACAAGAACAGAGUUGACAGUCCGAUUGGAGCAUGCUUUCCUCAUCGGUACGCGUGCCAAAGAUGUGGACACACGCAAUCGGUUCAUGAGUAUAUUCAACCGCGCCUUGUCUAAAACUGCCAGUUAUCGAUUGAACUACGUCUUGACUUUGCAGAAUUGGGAUACUUUGGCCGAUUCAUUCUGGCUGAAGCAAGCGUCGCACCUCAUCAUGGGUUCCGUCGAGAUGUCCAUGCCUGCACGGCUUCACGCUGAGGAUGUUCGAGUCUGCCCACUGUCUCAGUUGUUCAGUCCGAACCUCGUCAAUCCGGAGCAGGGCCAAGAUGACCUGCUCAUUGAGGACGGUCUAGAGGCCCUUGUGCUCGCGGAGCGUCGUUUCAACCAAGAGAUUCAUGAUGUCAAAGUACGUGAUCUUCUAGAUCCUAUCACUCAAUUGCAACACACAGACGACAGCCUGGCCUACGAUGUCUGGGUCAAACUCUUUCCGCUAUGUUGGUCAGCUCUGAACAGAGACGAGCGUCUUGAUCUCGAAAAGGGAAUGGUCACGCUUCUCACGAGGGAGUACCACCAACGACAGCUCAACCUGCGUCCCAAUGUUGUGCAAGCCUUACUUGAAGGUGCCGUUCGAGCAAGACCGAGAUUCAAGGUCCCACCACACGUUAUCAAAUUUCUAAGUAGGACGUACGACGCUUGGUACACAGCACUCAUUGCGUUGGAAGAGUCAACUGUGGAUCCUCUCAUCGAUACGCCUCAGGUCCGGGAAAGCAACCUUGACGCUUUGGUUGAAGUCUACGCUGGCCUUCAGGAGGACGACCUAUUCUAUGGCACCUGGAGACGACGAUGCAAGUUUAUGGAAACAAAUGCAGCUUUGUCAUAUGAACAGCAUGGAAUGUGGGAUAAAGCUCAACAACUUUGGGAAGCAGCGCAAGUCAAAGCGAGGACCGGUGUCGUCCCCUUCUCACAGGGGGAAUAUUACCUGUGGGAAGAUCAUUGGAUGAUCUGCGCUCAGAAGCUUCAGCAAUGGGACAUACUGGGGGAGUUUGCCAAACACGAAAACUUCAGUGACCUCCUCUUGGAAUCAGCGUGGAGAAACUACGAGGCUUGGUCUGGUGACGAGAAUCGUAACCAAUUGGAUUCUAUGAUCAAGUCUGUCUCAGACGCUCCGACUCCGAGACGAACGUUCUUCCAAGCCUUCAUGUCACUUCUGCGAUACAACUCCAAGCAGGUGUCCCGCGCCGAGUUCCAGCACGUUUGCGACGAAGCCAUUCAAUUGUCCCUUCGCAAAUGGCACCAGCUCCCAAAAAGGCUAACCAAUGCUCAUGUGCCUAUUCUUCAAAGCUUCCAACAAUUGGUAGAAUUACAUGAUGCAAGCGUCAUCUGCGACAGCUUGAUGUCCACAAAUGAGCGAAAUCUUGACACCAAGUCUCAGGAAGUUAAGCUCCUUCUGCAAGCCUGGCGAGACCGCCUGCCGAACAUCUGGGACGAUAUCAAUGCAUGGCAAGACCUCGUGACCUGGCGCCAGCAUGUAUUCCAGCUGGUCAACUCGACAUAUCUUCCACUUUUGCCUCAGGGUGGCAACAACGUCGGUAACAAUUCUUAUGCAUUCCGCGGCUACCAUGAAACCGCCUGGAUCAUCAACAAAUUCGCACACGUUGCACGAAAGCACCAGAUGCCGGAUGUCUGCAUUAACCAGCUCGGGAAGAUCUAUACUCUUCCCAACAUAGAGAUUCAGGAAGCUUUCCUCAAACUCAGAGAGCAGGCAAAGUGCCACUACCAGAACAAGAGCGAGUUGAACAAUGGUCUGGACGUCAUCAAUAACACCAAUCUUAACUAUUUUGGUGCUCAACAAAAGGCCGAGUUCUAUACGCUCAAAGGCAUGUUCUUGGCUAAACUACAACACGCGGAGGAGGCGAAUGAGGCUUUUGGCGUCGCCUUGUACUACGAUCUGCGCUUGCCAAAGGCAUGGGCGGAAUGGGGUCAAUACUCCGAUCGAAAAUUCAAGGAGAACCCUGCCCUCAUUGAGGCUGCCAGCAACGCCGUCAGUUGCUAUCUAGAAGCUGCCGGGCUCUACAAGAGUGCCAAAUCACGCAAGAUGCUCAGCCGAGUCCUGUGGUUGCUCAGCCUUGACGACGAGGAAGGGCAUGUCGCCAAAGCGUUCGAGGACUUCAAGGGCGAAACCCCUGUGUGGUACUGGACUACCUUCGUACCGCAACUACUCGGCAGUCUGGAGCACAGAGAAGCGCGUCUCGCGAAGUCGGUGUUGGUGAAGAUAGCCAAGGCUUUCCCCCAAGCACUUUUCUAUCACUUACGUGCUACCCGAGAAGAGUUCCUGACGAAAAAGAAGCAAUUUGAAGCCCAGAAACGUCAACAGAAAGCGGGACAAGACAAAGCUGAGAAGUCAGAUGGUGGUUCGCGGCCGGGUACAGCCAACGGCGAGAGUGCAGCUAAUGGAUCAACAUCCCCUAAAUUGAAGCAAGAGCCCAAUGGGGAUGGGCAGGCGAACGCCACGACAAAUGGGACCGCCGAAGCCGAGACGAAAGAAGAACCCAAGAAGCCAUGGGAUCAUACAGAUGAGAUCAUGGCAGGCUUGAAGACUGCUUUCCCAUUGCUUGCUCUGUCCAUGGAAACAAUGACCGACCAACUUUCGAAGCACUUCAAAUGUCCCCCAGAUGAGGAUGCGCACCGACUUAUCGUUGCGUUGCUGAACGACGGCCUAGCCUACAUCAGCAGAGCUCCAAUCACCUAUACGGAGGGCGCCAAGUUGCCGCCUUCGACUGAGGCGAACAUUGCCAGAUUCGUGACCUCUGUUCUUCCUGCUCACAUUCGGAAGUCUUUCGAAGCCGACUUCGUCCAGACCAAGCCGACGAUGUUUGAGUACAUUCACAAACUGCGACGAUGGAGAGACAAAUUUGAACAGAAGCUUGAUCAUCGUCAACAGUGGGCAGCCCUGGAGUCAUACAGCCAUCAUUUGAGCGAGUUCAAGUUCCUCAAGUUCGAUGACUCGGUUGAGGUUCCAGGUCAAUACCAGCAACAUAAGGACAAGAAUACCGACUUCGUCCGUAUCGAACGAUUUAUGCCAACUGUGGAGCUUGUCCGAGGAAACAGCAUCUGCCAUCGCCGACUUACCAUUCGUGGUCAUGACGGGUCAUUGCAUCCAUUCGCUGUUCAACACCCCACUGGUGGCAAGGUUCGCCGAGAAGAACGCAUCGUGCAGCUGUUCCGCAUCUUCAAUCAAACCCUAGCCAAGCGCAAGGAGUCUCGUCGUCGCAAUCUGUACUUCCACCUACCGAUAUUUGUGCCUAUUGCGCCAUAUAUCCGGCUUGUCCAGGACGACUCUUCUUACGUGACCCUACAGUCAGUCUAUGAAGACUAUGUUCGUAAAGCCCCUGGCAUGUCACGCGAUGAUCCUAUGCUAUUCCUUCUCGAAAAAUCGCGGACCAUCGCAGAGCAGCAGAAGUCUCAGCCACGCACGCCCGAUCAAUUGGCCGUCAUGAAGACUGAGAUUUUCAACACCAUCCAGGAACGUUGGGUGCCGAACAACCUUGUGCUGCGAUACUUCCAGGACAUUUACCCCAGCUUCGCGGACUUCUGGCUGUUCCGUCGACAGUUCGCCUACCAGUUUGCGGCGACCACGUUCAUGACCUACAUCAUGCACAUGUCUGCGCGGUAUCCGAUGAAAUUCUCCAUCUCCCGCUCUACGGGUGACAUCUGGGCCAGCGAUUUGCUACCUAACCUGAACUCUGCACGUGCAUACUUCUUCAACCCCGAAGCCGUGCCGUUCCGUCUGAGCCCCAACAUACAAACGCUCAUGGGCCCCUUAGCCGUCGAGGGUAUAUUCACGGCUUCGUUGAUGGCGAUCGCGAGGUGUCUAGCCGAGCAAGAUCAAGGAUACGAGAUGGAGCAGCAACUCAGCAUCUUUGUACGGGACGAGAUGUACAAUUGGGCGGCUGGCCGGUCUUCGGCGAACAAUCCCAACGAAGCGAAGAUGGAAGGUCAGCACCUGAGAGAAUCGGUCGCGCAGAACGCCGACUUCAUUGUUCGUCGGGCUCUUACCUUGGCCAAGACCCAAGGCAGUGUGGGCAGUGCAGGCAGUGAAGGAAGUGGUGUCACGGGCGUUUUGCCUGCUUGUCAGAAUGUGGUGGACCUGGUGAGUCGGGCUACGGACCCGAUGAAAUUGAGUGCCAUGGAUGGAUUGUGGAUGCCCUGGCUCUGAGAGAGAGAGCACAUCUUGCAAGAUGUUGGCUUGAUGAGACUGAGGUUCGAAGGCGUUAAACGUGCCUGGCUGGGCAGAGAUGAUGACUGUGAAUGUGCUAUGACCGGCGUCGAGGCCAACGGAGUCUUGGGCCAUUGGGCAGGGCAAUUGGAUUUACUCGAAUGGCAGCAGGCACAGGAGGUGCUGUUGCCUUUCUUUUCACCUUUUUUCCCUUAUUUUUCUUGUGCUAUGAGAUGUCGAGGUCGUUGACGAAUUUUGCUGCCAUCAGGGCAAUGGCAUCUGUACGAAAAAAGUUCUGCCGGUCUAUUAUUGCACGGGAGGCAUGUCCUCGAUCGGCGUGGAUAUGGCCAGCGUUUGUUUGCCUGCCCGUCUGGGCCGUCUCGGUAUUCUUAAUAGGGAAUUGAAUUGCACUUGACGUUCUGUACGAUUUGCGAGGUCGGAGGUUUCUAAGUUGGUUCUCGCUUCAAUA